AUGGGCAACACAUGCAUUGGUUCCCUCCUGGGAGACAAAUUUGAUGAUCAGAUACAGGACUGUUCUUCCAAUUCCAACUGCAACUUUCCCCAGAUUCUUGUUUACCCAGAUCUUGUUUUUCCCAGCAGGAAAGAAACCAUAGGUGACAAGGCUUGUAACAUCUUGGACCAUGAAACUCCUAAUGUUCAUAAACUCUACACUUUUGGUCGUGAAUUAGGUAGGGGAAGUACUGGGACUACUUAUUUGUGUACUGAGAUUGCCACUGGCAUUGAGUAUGCAUGUAAAUCGAUACCCAAAAGCAAUCUGAAGUUCGAUCAGCAGGUUGAGGAUGUCAGGAGGGAGAUUAGGGUACUGCAACAUCUGUCUGGUCAGAAACAUGUCGUGACAAUCAAAGGUGCCUACGAGGAUUCCUUGUGUGUUCAUAUUGUCAUGGAGCUUUGUUGUGGAGGUGAGUUGUAUGACCUAAUCAAGGAGAAGGCGUAUUUUAGUGAGAGAGAGGCGGCUGAGCUGAUAAACAUUGUUGUUGGGGUUGUGGAGACUUGCCAUUCUCUUGGGGUUAUGCACAGAGAUUUGAAGCCUGAGAACUUUGUGUUGGUUAACAAGGAUGAUGUUUUUUCGCUUAAAGCCGUUGAUUUUGGAUUCUCUGUCUUCUUUGUCAUAGGUCAAGUUUUCAAUGAUAGUGCAGGAAGCCUGUAUUAUGCAGCUCCAGAGAUACUUCUUAAUGAGAAUUACGGCCCAGAAGCCGAUAUAUGGUCUGCAGGGGUUAUACUGUUCGUAUUGCUGAGUGGUGGUAUGCUACCGUUUGAAGCAGAAACAGAAAAGGAAAUGUUAGAUAUGGUGCUGGAAGGACAAGUAUUGGAUUUUGAAUCAGAGCCAUGGCCCCAAAGAUCUGACAGUGCAAAAGACCUAGUGCGGAAGAUGUUAUGCUCUCAACCCUCAGAACGCUUGACUGCUAAGGAAGUGCUAAGUCAUCCUUGGAUUUGCCAUAAUGGAUUCCUGGAUGAGGAACUGGAUUCAGCUCUACUUCCUGAUCAAGAAAAGUUUCCUGCUAUGAAGCUACACCGGGACUGA